AUGUCCUUACGAGGAGGAGGAGAAGGAGAUGUGAAUGGUGGAGUACUUUCUGCUUCAUCGGCAAGAGCGCUUCAGGAUUCCAGAGGGUUCCUUAAAGCAAGGGAGAGAAAUUUAACGAGGAUCGACGAGAAUUGCGACCAGUUACAGGACGUGACACGUUUGGACCUGAGCGGCAACAUGCUCAUAGACCUAGGUGGGUUCCGAAACGUGCAUACCAUCACUUGGUUGGACGCUUCGCGCAACUGCUUCUUGACCGACAAGCCCCUCAUGGGCAUGGGGUCGCUCAAGGUCCUCAAUGUCGGGCACAACAACAUUUCUCGACUGCAGUAUGUGGGGACAUGCAAGCAGCUGAGGGCUCUGAUAGCAAACAACAACGAGAUCUUUGACGUGGACGAACUGGACUAUGAAGGAUCCCUUCCGUUCCUCGAGUCACUCCUGCUCUCCUCGAAUCAAUUCCGAAAGUUUCCAACCAAGUUCUUCAAACAUUUCCCAAAGCUUAAGAAGAUUUCUCUCUCUCAUAAUCGCCUUUCCAAGUUCCCAGAGAUCCAGACGAACAAAGAUUUGCAAGAGCUACGGUUGGCUUAUAACAAGAUCAAGGAGAUUCCGCUAGGAUAUUUCAGCAGUGACCUGCAGAUUCUUGACUUGGGCCAUAACAGAAUUUCCAACAUGUCUGGGAUCAUGGCGCUCAAAGGGUGUAAAAUGCUCCGCAACCUCAACCUGGCUGGAAAUCCGAUUUGCAAUGUGUCAAGCUAUCGAGAUACUGUGAUCAACAUGUGCAAGAGACUUGAGAUUCUCGAUGGCAAAAAACUCGCUGAGAGGGAGGGUGGAAAGUCCUCGCGCGGUUUAAACAGGAAAGAAGAUCCUAGAGAAGUGUUUAUGAGCAACUUGCCAUACUCGGCUUCUGAGUCCGACAUUAAGCAGUUUUUCUCCGAUCUUGGAUGGAAAGCUGUUGUUAAGAUCCACCUGCUCAGACAACGCAAACCCAAGCGACCCGACGAGAGUCUCCGAUCGAAAGGAGUUGCCUUCGUUAAGUUCCGGACAGCGGAACUUGCAGAACGAGCGAUCUUGGGCUUCAACAAUCGAAGCAUGGGGGUGGAAGGAAGCCGAGGAGAAGGAGCGAUCGUACGGCAGAUCUAUCUACGACCAUCAUGGAGGGACGUGCAUGGAAAACCGACUCGGAAGGUCGAGCAUUCAGAUGAAGACGAAGCAAGCGAUGAGAUGGAUACUGGGGACAGAGAGGCGCCUCAGUCAGCUGACGGGGAGAUAGAAGAGAUGAGAUCGGAGAGCCCAGAAGCCAGUGAAAGAGUCGGCCAAGGCAGCGAGCAAAAGUUCGAACUCUAG